GUGAGGAAGAGACUUGCCUCAUGUUGGCACUGGGGAGAGUACCAUGUGGGAAAAUAAUGGCAAGAACUUCUCUAUACAGGGCAAACGAGACUGGAAAGGAUACAACACCAUUCAAAUGGGCCACUGGUCUGGGUCAAGUCAUCAGAGGAAAAGUUCACUGUCCAUCACUCUUUGUUCUCUUCACAUUUCACCUGUCCAUUUCAGAGCACCUCUUCCUUUCUCACCUUUUAUUAUCAUCACUUUUUUCUCUUCAGACUCAAAAUUUUUCAACAAUGAAAAAUAAAACCAGGUUGACUGAAUGUAUCCUGCUGGGUCUAACAGAUGUCCCUGAACUCCAGGUGGUGGUUUUCACCUUUAUGUUCCUUGCUUAUUUACUCAGCAUCAUCAGAAAUCGAACUAUCCUCAUCCUCACCUUGCUGGACUCCCACCUUCAGACUCCCAUGUAUUUCUUUCUCUGGAACUUCUCUUUAUUAGAAAUGUCCUUCACAAACAUUUUCAUUUCCAGGGUCCUGAUCAGCAUCACAACAGGGAAUAAGAGUAUCAGUUUAGCUGGCUGCUUCACUCAGUAUUUCUUUGCAAUAUUCCUUGGGGCAACAGAGUUUUAUCUUCUGGCUGCCAUGUCCUAUGACCGCUAUGUAACCAUACGCAAACCCCUGCAUUACAUGGCCAUUAUGAGCAGCAGAGUCUGUACCCAAAUGGUUCUCUACUCUUGGCUGGCUGGGUUAUUGGUUAUUAUACCACUAAUCCCUCUGAUGAGUCCACAGGACUUUUGUGCAUCUAACAGGCUGACUCAUUAUUUCUGUGACUAUGAGCCCCUUUGGAAACUCUCCUGUUCAGACUCAAGCCUCAUCAAGAAGGUUGUCUUUCUUGUGGCAUCUGUGACCCUACUGGUCACUCUACUGCUGACUCUCUCCUAUAUGUUCAUAAUCAGGAUUAUUCUGAAGCUCCCCUGGGAGCAAAGGACAAAAGCCUUUUCCACCUGUUCUUCCCAUAUGACCAUGAUCUCUCCCUCCUAUGGAAGCUGCUUCUUCACAUUCAUUAACCCCUCAGCAAAAAAAAAAAAGAACACAUUUAACAAGGGAGUAGCUCUACUCAUUACUACAGUCACACCUUUAUUGAACCCCUUCAUUUAUACCCUAAGGAACCAACAGGUAAAGCAAGCCUUCAAGGAUAUAGUCAAAAAGCUUGUGAAUCUUUAA